AUGUCACGACAUUUUUCGACGAGAAAAACACGCUUUCAUACUUCGACCUCACAAAGAAAACUAGAGAACCUUAUCUCAGACACCUCAGAGUCAGGGUCUGAUUUCUCAGAGUCCGAGCAGUUGACAACUUCAUUUGGAGAAAGAACCGUUGCGCAGGCUUAUGAUCUGUCGAGGGUGUCGCAUUCUAAUUUGUUUUCUGGAGCAGAUUGUUAUGGUCAGGUCAAUUAUGAUAAACCGCCGAGGAUGUGGUUUUGUGAUCCCUGUGACAACAAGAAAUCAAAGGGAAGCAAAGGCAAAAGACCGUAUAAAAUGAUCAAGAUUAAUACGUGUUGCCUUUGCACGCAAGAAGAAGGCAAAAACAAUUCACUGAAGCGCACUUCAGGAUACAAUUGGGCCCACGUUCUCUGUGCUAUUUUUGUAGAUGGUCCAUCCUUUCGUGAUUCAGACGGAGUAGACUUUAUAGAAGAUAUCCAUGAAAUUCCCCAAGAAUGUUGGCGCACAGUUUGUGAUAUAUGUCGAACGCGUGGUGGUGCGUCCGUAAAGUGCUCAGGUUAUGAUGAAUGCCACAGAGCAUUCCAUGCGACAUGUGCUCAAACAGCAGGCUAUAAAAUGGGAUUUGAGGUACUCCCCAGAUCCAGCACAGAUCCUCCAAGACAUGAAUUCGGAAACAACAUGGAUGGACAAAUGAUUGCCAGAGUAUGGUGCCCAUUUCACGUAAAUUUACCUCCCAACUUUGUAAAACUCGGAGCCCGUGAUUUGACACAGCAAGAUUCUGCAACGUACUGUUAUGCACGUGUAUGGAAGCAACUGGACUUUACAACAAUUGAACAGAAAAGAAAGCGGCGCUAUUAUCUUACUCCAUUUUGGGAUCCGGAAUUGAUGAAAUAUUCUACACCGAUUUCGUACACGAAAGAUUCCGAUCCGGUAGCGUCUCAGCCUCAACCUCAAGUUGGAGAUUCAACAUUGCCUUCUCCAGAGGUGAUUGACAAUCCGUACAAUACGACAAUUGCCCUCUUACCCUCGCCGCCACAACCACCGAACGAAGAAGCCAAUGAUAAUCACGAUAGUCCGUCUACGAUUGAGGCAUCAUCGCGACAUGAUUCCACGACUUCAAUAGAAUGGCCUCCAGUAGCAAGCAGAUUUCCACAAUAUCCUCGCAUGAUUCCGUUCAAGAAGAUUUCAUGUACGAGAUGUUCCACUUCUAUAUCACCGAAAUGGUGGCCAGCUAAUGAUACGCCUCCCCCAGUUUCAAAGAGCUCCCAAACAGCCAGAGUAGUUGGCUUUACUGUUACAGGCCCUGUUAUAUGCCACAAAUGUUAUUGGGAAGAGAAUGAAACCGUCAAGAAGUAUGAUGCCAUAGAUAUUGCCAGGAUGUUGGUUAAUCCAAGGUUCGUCUCAGCCAAAGACAGAUCAAAAUCUAUAAUAACAGAAGAGGAUGAUCCUCAGAAUCAAAUAGAGAACACAUAA